AGAUUUGAGAGAUUUGAGAGAAAACGAUUUGACUUCUGAAAUCAAGUUAGGGUUUUCUCUUUCUUUGUUGCCCUAGCAGAAACCGAUUCUCACGAGGAGCCGCCUCUGCUUUAUAGUUGUAUACCGAGCCAUAAAACCUAAGGAAAACAAAAGCUUAAGAGAAACACAUGGAGGAAAAGGGCACCCAAGAUGGCCCAAAACCGUCACAGGAUUCUGGCUUGCACAGGCUUUACUUCAAGGGUUUGACAAGGGAGGAAACAAGAGGGCUGGUGGCAGGAUUUGGGGUUGCAAUUUGCGGCCAAGAGGAUAAUAUCUUGUUUCAGAUGAAAGGAUCAAUUCAUGACUCCGAGAUUACGGCUUUGGAGGCUGAGCUUAUGGCAUUGAAACGAGGACUAACCGAAGCCGUGAGUUUGGGGAUCACUCAUAUCUCAAUCUACUGCGAUCAUUAUCACAUUUUUAAACUUGUCACGGGGAGUUCCGGGCCUGAGAAAGAUAGCAUUGCCUUGCUAAUGAAUGAUGUGCAACGCACCAGACAACAACUGACAUCUAGCACCCCUCUUCUGGUGACUGGAGAUCAAACUAAUAAGGUUGCUUAUAAACUUGCAUCGGAAACACUCGUUUCUGAAAUCAGCAUAAGUAUGCCUCCUUGUCAUAAGAAGAACACUUUUUGCGGUAUCUGUUUCGAUGAUGAUCUCGAAGCUGAACAGAUGUUUUCUGUUGCUUUAUGCGGUCAUAAAUUCUGCUUGGAGUGCCUCAAACUACAUAUACAAGUUGAACUAAUGGAGAGAGUACCGAGAUGUCCUCGUUACGGCUGCAAAUCGAAACUGAAUAUUGAAAGCUGUGCCCAUCUUUUGACACCUAAACUAAGAGCCAUGUGGGAACAAAGGAUCGAAGAGACAACUGUAACAGAUUGGGCAAUGUGGGCAAAGUGCCAACAAAUGGCUGGAGUAGCUCAUGGGUUUUGCCAAAUAAGUUGCAAAUGUGGGUACUCCUUUUGCUACAUAUGUGGAGCCGAAUGGAAGCUGCUAGGAGCCGGUUGCAUUCAUCGCAACAAAGAGAUGUGUACAAUCAUUAGUUGCAUAGUUAUAUGUUAUGGAAUUUUGGUAUGUUUUCUGUUUAUUAUGAGUUUAUUCAAGUUGAUUGAUUACUCAUAACGCUUGUAAGCGGGUUUACUUGUUUGAUGCUUAUUUGUUUUCAAGAUUUUUGGAUUAUGUUGUAAGAUACACAAUGGUUUACCUGUCUAUUUCCAAAAUCAACAACCGUCUUGAUCAAGUA